AUGGAGCAAAUCAAAGGAGCUGAUUGCAGCUGGCACAGAUUCUGCGACAGAGAACAGGAGCUCAAGUCCAGGUCCAGAUAUAUGCGCCAGGAGAACCAGGAGCUAGAAUCCCAAGUCCAUAAUCUUACACACAGAAUAAAUCAGCUUGAAAAACAGUUGAUUAAUGAAGCUGUUAGGCACGUGCAUGGACAUCAAAGAAAUCGUAGUCACUGGGUCUGGCGUUUACAGUUUUACCAAGGCAGUUCGACAAUAACUGUUUACUGCGAUCAGGUCACUGAUGGAGGAGGCUGGACGGUUUUCCAGCGACGACAGGACGGCUCGGUUGAUUUCUUUCGAAACUGGACAGACUACCGAAACGGCUUUGGUGAUUUGAAUGGGGAGUUCUGGCUGGGACUAGAAAACCUACACACUCUCACAUCAUUGAGACACUACGAGCUGCGAGUGGACCUCGAAGCAUUUAACGGAAGCCGGGCGUUUGCACAUUACAGUGGCUUCAGGAUUGGGGAUGUUGACACCGAUUAUACCUUGUAUUUUGACGAUUUUCUGGGCGGAAACGCAGGUGACAGUUUGACAUACCACAAAGGAAUAACGUUCGUGACACGUGAUCAUGGCAAUUCCUUGAAUUGCGCCAGACAUCACCACGGCGCUUGGUGGUACUCGGAGUGUUACAUGUCUGACCUCAAUGGCAUCUACAGACCAACUGCUGAAGAUUCAAAUGUAGGCGGUGUUUCCUGGAGGAGUCUUACAACUGACAACUUUUCACUGAAACGGGCAGAAAUGAAAAUACGACCUAUGUAUCAGCUAAAAUUAUAUUCUUUACGAUUCUACUUUUGCUUUCUAACCCUGGAAAUCGAAUCUGCUUUAUUUGCAUCGAGUGCUCUUGUGUGGUCUUCGUCGCCGGAAGUGAAGGAAAACAUCACGGCAUGCGCAGGAGAUGACGUGUCGAUCCCAUGGUCCUUCACGACUAGCCCGACGGAAACUGUCAUCGGCAUCACGUGGUUUCUGGAGAGGCAUGAUGGUAUCAGGACGAUACUCUCCAGCAUUAUAGACGGCGAGUUUUUCUCGUUGUCAAGGCAACACGUGCAGCUCGUGCCCAACGCCGGUGUCCGAUUGCAGAAUGUGACUGUCAGAGACACGGGGCUGUACUCUGUACACGUCAGCACAUCCGACGACGCUGGUCACGUGACCAUAAACAACCGCUCUGCUGCUGUGGAAAUAUCAGCUCCUCCAGUUCUGUCCGACGGUCAGUUCCUAGCACGCCGUCGCGCCGCGCCAGCGAGGGAUGACGUCACGGGCACCUGGCACGUGGUCCUGGAAUGUGGACAGUUCACGGACCGGGGUCAACCCCCGAUAAACGUCCAAUGGACGUCACCAUCAGGAACUGUGCAUACAGACGUAAACUACCAAGAUGGCUACUUUCUUCUCCCCCUGCAAGCCGUGGAGACAGGGAACUAUACGUGUUCUCUCACAGGCAGUAGUCCGGCAAGGCGAUGUCUUGCCAGCGACUCCAUCUUACUAAGGGAGACAGCUGUUUACGUAGACGACGAGAACGUGAAGUGGACAGUGAUGGAGGCGAAUCAAAGGGAGUUCAUCGAGAAGGAAGAGCGUCUGCGACAGGAGAACGAGGCUCUGAAAUCGCAGGUCCAGAAUCUGACACAAAGGCUGCACCAGCUACAAGACGCCAUUGAUAUUGAAAAUACUCCGAGUGGUCAAGCCUCGUGUGCAGAUAUACAACAACAGUACAGCAUGAGUGGUGUUUACAAACUGUCUGUGGAGAACGUGUCCAUGUCCGUGUACUGUGACCUGGUCACUGACGGAGGGGGCUGGACGGUGUUUCAGCGACGAAAGGAUGGCUCAGUUGAUUUUCUCCGGAACUGGACAGACUACACACGUGGCUUUGGGGAUCUCAACGGGGAGUUCUGGCUGGGGCUGGAGAACUUGCACAUUCUGACUUCAUCAAGAAGGGUGGAAAUGCGGGUGGAUUUACAAGCGUAUGACGGGACUCGAGCCUUUGUUGUGUACGGCAACUACACCAUCGGCAACAGCAGCACCAACUACACAUUCAACUACGACACUUUCCAGGGUGAAGAUGCAGGUAACAGUCUGCUAAUUCACAAAGGUCACGAGUUCGCCACCCAGGAUCAUGGCAGUAAUGCCCAUUGUGCUGUUACUUACCACGGGGGUUGGUGGUUCAACGAUUGUCUCCGCUCGAACCUCAAUGGUAUCUACAGACCGAAUGCUACAACACCACAUGCCGAUGGAAUCAUCUGGGCCGACUUUAAGAUGUUUGAAACUUCGCUGAAACGAACGGAGAUGAAGAUACGUCCAUUGUCUUGAGUUUUCACAUUAAUGUCAUUGUUCUACUUAGAUUGCACACGAGUUUAUCUCAGAAUAAUAAAAAAAAAUUAUAUCUGGAGCAAAUACUCUUGAAUUACUGCUGAAG